CCGUGAGUUAGCGCGUCGGUUGCGCUUUGUCUUCCCAUGUUCGCCACUACAACAACCGCACUGUGUGACGUAACGAAAUGUUUGAAUAAUUGCUGCCUCCUCUGCCGACGCGAACUCCCAGUAGAACCCCUUCUGACACCUGCUGCAACCCGAGCGCAGCGCGCCUAAAGAAAGCAAUUAAAAAAUCGCUCACCGAUAGUGACGAUAAUAAAAAUGUUAUAAAGCGUAUAUGGCGAGCAUGGGCGAACGGAAAAAGCUCCACAAUUGACUCCGUCGGAAAAGCGUAGCGCGAGAGCAACUCAGAGUACGAGUAACUAAAGUACUGAGGUAAUCGAAACGCUUAGUAAGCGGUUGAAAGGCGCGUUGAGCGGCAGCGUAAAAUACUUACCGACAAUCAAGUGUUUAGCACUUCAGUAUUAAGCGAAAAUAACAGGUGCCGGCGGUGUCGGGGUGAGGCGCAUGUGUGUAACUAGAUAGCAGAAAGUACAUAUAUUUUAAGUAAAUUAGCGCGUUAUUCGCUCGUGCGUUUUGCUGUCCAGUGACUACGUGCCAAUGUGGCCUUGAAAAGGGCAAACGAACAGCUGAAACUCCAACGUAUUUACAAAUAAAACAGCAAAACAGCAGAGAAAAUGUGGUGGGUUUGGUUAAUUGUUGGUGUUGUGCUAGCCGUGCUCGUCAUUUUCGUCAUUACGCCACUCAUACUCAUCUGCUACAAGCGCAACUACUGGCGCUGGCAUCAGGUGCCCUUCGAAGCGCCCGCACCUGAAUUUGAAAUACUGCAGCGCUUGCUCGGUUUGCGGCCGACACUGGAAUGGGAGGAGCUGGAGCACUAUGAUUCACUGUAUCGCACUUUCAAGGGACGAAGUCCAUUUUGCGGUUUCUAUCGUCACCUGCAGCCGCGUGCACUCAUACUCGACCGCGAAUUGAUUAUGCAGAUACUGAUCAAGAACUUCUCGAAUUUCAACGAUCGCGGCAUCUACCACAACAGCAAAGACGAUCCGCUCUCUGCCGAUUUGUAUAGCCGACGCGGUAGCGAGUGGAAAGAGAUGCGUUUGCGACUAGAGCCGAUCUUCGGCAAAGAUGAAAUGCGCUACCUGUACGAUGGCUUGCGCGAUUCGUCCGCCGAGUGGCUGAAUGGUUUUGAUCAGCUGGUGCGAGAUGAGCGCGCACACAGCGGUUACAUUGAAAUACGUACACAAAUGCGCCGCUAUGUGUUAGCCAGUUUGGCAGCGUGUGUAUUCGAUUUGAACGCGCAACGCCAGCAGAAAUAUCCGCUCGAUGUUUUCGAUGAUAUGACUCAGCUGGAAAGUACGACAUCACGUCAUAGUGAGUUUGCGAAUGCUGUUUUACGCCGCUACCCGCGGUUAAGUAAGAAACUCAAGCUGCGCACUACCUGUAAGGUAGUAGAAGACUAUUUCAUAGGGCUCAUCGACGAAGUAGUCACGGAGCGCGAAAAGAGUGGCAUCGAAAAGAAGGACUAUCUCCAACUGCUGAUCAACUUAAUGCAGCAGGAAUUGAGUACGCACGAAGUGCAAGAUCAAACAAUGAAAGAGCUUAGGGAACACUUAAUGGACGAGUUGGCAGCGCAUGCUAUUACGUUUCUUAAAGCCGGCUUACGUCCUACCACACACACUAUUACAUAUGUCUUAUACGAGUUGGCUUUAAAUGAACCCAUACAGCAGCAGUUGCGUGACGAGGUGGAAGAAGCUUUGCAACGCCACAACAAGGAGCUCUCGUACGACUGCAUACGUGAGCUCAAGUUUCUGGGUCAAGUCAUAUCAGAGACCAUACGCAUGCACCCUAUUGUACCCUAUCUAAUUCGACGCACACUCACCGACUUCCCCGUACCGAACAACAACAAAUAUACGCUACCCAAAAAUAUGUUCAUCAUAGUACCGACACAUGCCAUACACAACGAUGCCGAAUACUAUCCCGAGCCGUUCAUAUUCAAACCGGAACGCUUCGGUCGCGGUGACAACAAGCGACGCGACAUCUGUAUGUGGUUGGGCUUUGGCGAGGGUCCGCGCAGCUGCAUUGGUCUACACUUCGCGCAGCUUAUGAUGCGCCUACUGAUAGCUCAAUUGAUCACGCGUUACCACUUCAGUGUGGAUCGCACGCGUUUGAUGGUCAAACCACAGAAUGUGAUUAGACUGCGUGUGGAUCCGCUCAAUGAAGAGCCAGAGGGCAGGGAGGCUGAAGUGGUCAUUUACUGCGCCGUCGACAACGCCGCGGUCGACGCGCAGCGCUGGCGUUUCCGUUGGCACGGCGUCUGUCAUUUUCUAGAGCUGUUAAUUGAAUUCCAAAACACCCCGAAGUUGUUUGCGCGUGGGCCCAGCUCCAGCGGACCCGUUUUUCCAGCAAACUGCACGAACGCAGUGCGCAAAGCGCGCGCAAAAAUACCAACCAUACAAAGUAGUCGCUAUUUGGCGAAGCUGCACCUCGAGAUGGAUCCACUCACAGUUUUGCUGCUCUCGUUCAUCACCCUGGCGCUUAUUUGCAUACAUUUGCACCGCAAACAACAGUACUGGGAAGCGCAAGGCAUACCGCUGCUUAAACCGUUCUUGUUCUUCUUCUACGGGCGUGGUCGCAUUGGCACCGAUUGUCAUGCUAUCGACAUACCCAACGAAGUCUAUCAACGCUUUCGCGAAUCGGGUGCACCCUUAGCGGGCAUGUUCAUGCUGAGCGAUCCGCUUAUCAUACUACUCGAUUUGGAGCUCAUCAAACAUGUGUUGAUUAAAGACUUUGCCAACUUCAGUUAUCGCGGACUCUACCACAAUCUACGCGAUGAUCCGCUGAUGGGUAAUCUAGCUGCAAUCGACGGUCCUUACUGGAAGCGACUUCGCGCCAAAUUGACACCAUCCUUUACCACGGGCAAAAUGAAAUUUAUGUAUCCCACACUCAUAAAAGUGGCCGAACAGUUGCCUGGAGUUGUGGAUCGGCGUCUCUCCGAUGCAGGCAUAAUCGACGUAAAAGACCUGUCAGCCUGCUAUACCACCGAUGUGAUAGCGAGCUCUACACUUGGCAUUGAGUGUGAUAGUCUGCACAAUCCACUUGAGGACUUCCGUCUGAUCACCGUCAAGUUUUUCGAGGAGUACAGUGUAACACGUGAUUUGAUUAGCCAACGCCUACCGCAGCUCGCCAAAAUGUUGCACUGGACCAACACACCAAAAGUGGUGACAGACUUCUACAUCAAAGUUGUGCGCGACAAUAUAGCCUACCGUGCGGAGCACGGCAUUGUACGGCAAGACUUCUUGCAAAUUAUGAUCGAUCUCAUUAAAACCGAAGCACUCACAAUGGAAGAGAUUGCUGCGCAGGUGUUUGUCUUCAUCAUUGCGGGCUAUGAAACCACUUCGACGACCAUGACAAAUUGUCUGUGGGAACUGGCGGUGAAUGAGGACAUACAAGAGCAAGUGCGCGAGGAAGUUGUUCAAGUGAUGCAGGAGCACGAUGAUGUGCUCACUUACGAGUGUCUCAAGCAGAUGACCUACUUGGAUCAGGUGCUCAAAGAAACCUUGCGUAAACAUCCCAUUGCGCCUGCGUUGAAGCGUGUUGCUUACGAAGACUACAAGGUGCCUGGCACCAACUUUGUCAUCAAAGCCAACACCACGGUGCUCAUACCGUCCGAAGCAAUACAACACGAUCCACGCUACUACCCAGGUCCAGAGAAAUUCGAUCCCUUGCGUUUCACACCCGAAGCCAUGGAGGAGCGACACCCGAUGACAUUCCUACCAUUCGGCGAUGGUCCACGCAACUGUAUUGGCUUGCGCUUCGGCCGCAUGCAAGUGCUCAUUGGUUUGGCAGUGAUGUUACGUAAAUAUCGUUUUAGUGUGGCACCAACCACACCCAUACCGCUGGUGUACGACCAAACCAUUUUAUUACGUGCGCCGAAAGGUAAAGUGGAACUCAAGUGUGAGCGUUUGGUGGAGGAGAAAUUUGCAGAUCAUAUACCGAAGGCUGCUAACGAAGAGGUAGAAAACUUUGCCGCAAGCAUAAGAGAGCGGCGCGAGUAUGAAUGCACAGAUGGCGAGAGAAAUAAAUAAUGCACGAAGUGUGCGGAGAUGCGAUUUUGGUUCGAAGAAGUGUGAAAUUUUGUCACAGUUAGUUUGAGUGCUUUGAGCCUACUUUUUGAAGAGGUUGUAAUGAUUCUUAGUGCCGUUUUCUCAAAGUCUGUUUAGUAGGCAUUAAAAAGGUACUUUUUCGAAAGCAGUAGUCUUGGUUAAGUAACCAGAACUUAACUGACAGUUGGCUGCUAAACAGACAUUGAGUACGCGGCUCCUAGUUUAGCUUAUAAUUAUUUUAGACUUGAUAUGAGUAGGUUGUGAAAAAUUUAAGCGAGAUACGAGGCGCUCAGAAAAUUCAUUAGUUAAAAUAUAUUUCCUAACACAUUAUGUACCUAAAUAUAGACGUAUAGUUACGGGCCCUAUGCGUUCGCUUAGUUGCUUAGUUAGUACCCAGCUUUAAUGCGACCGAAAAGUAUAGCUAAGAGAAUGGUGCUCCAGUACCGCUCGCCAAAUAAAAGCGUAAAAGCUUUUGCAAUACAAUAUACCUAUAGUUUGUGUAAUAUAAUAUAUAUUUAC